UUUGGUGUGGAAGCUACAUGUCAGAUGGUUGAAAACAUGAACAAAUGAUCUGAGUCAGCGUUUUACUUCGAAACAGUUCCUACCGUUUCUCAAUAACAUUAGCAUCUUUAGCUAAAGCUAAACCUUUAUAAGCAUUUUAUUAGUGACUGAACAUGUGAAAUCUAAACCAGACCUCUCACUGCUGGUGAAAACAGAAAGUGUGCUGUUUGUCUGAGCAUACGGAGCAUCAAUCAUCAUGAUGGAGCUGCCCAACUACAGCAGCCAGCUGAUGCAGCAGUUGUGGGCCCUCAGGAAGGAGGGCCUCUUCUGUGACUGCACCAUUCAUGUGGGGGAUCAUCAUCACCAUGCACAUAAAAUAGUUCUGGCUGCCUCCAGCAUGCUCUUCAGGUCCCUCCUGGAUGGCUCUGACACCAUCUCCAUCGACACCACCGUGGUUUCCUCCCAGGAGUUCUCCUGCCUCUUGGACAUUGUCUACACCGGAAAGUUGCCUAUGGGCAAACACAACGUCAGUCGCAUCGUUGCUGCUGCCGACAGUCUGCAGAUGUUUGACGUUGCCGUUGGGUUUAAAAAUGUCCUCACCACCCUGGUAAACCAGCAAGGCCCUGUCUCAGUCCAUUCAACACAAAACACAACCCUCACUGUGAUCAACAAACUCCAGACUGGGAACUGUGAAGGCUCAACCUCCCCAGAGAAGGAGCACCCGACUUCAGUUAAGAUGGAGGUGAGGGAAAAACAAUCUGAUGGUGGUGGUGAAGUCAAUGAAGACGUACCAGCUUGUAAAAGAGCCUGUGUGGAGAUUUCUGACAACUCAGGGCUGGAAGAGGACAAACCCUCAGGGAGUACAGUGGAAGGAAAGAAGCCGUCCUGUGGUCCUGCAGCUGGUCUUCUCCACCAUUCAUCUUUGAUCGUGGAGCUCCUCACCAACACAUCUUCUGUCCUAGAGCUGCUGAGCCAGGCAGCACAGAGCAGUCUGGAUGAACAGGACAAAGAGGUGGUGUGUGAGUGCUGCAAGGAGGCAGAUCCCAGCUCAGCUUUGGAGAAGCUGAUGAGCCGAGCGAGGGAUGGAGUGAUCCAUGAGAGAGUUCUUCUUCAGCUGCUCCGGACCAUGCAGCAGAGAUCUCCAGCCUGCUUCCCCCCACCGCUGCUCCCUUUGCUGGACGACACGGAGAAGAACACAUCACAGCCAGCUGAAGACCACCUUGAAGCUGAGUCAGAACAGCGGGAUAACUCUAACUCCGAAGUAAAUCUGGAGCAAACAGAUGAAGCUGAAGGCAGUAAGGCUCAGAGGGAAGAGGAUGUGUCGUUGGAUUCUCCUACUUCCUGCUCCUCCAAGCGUUACUCCUGCCGCUGGUGCAAGAAGAGUUUUGAUUACAAGUGUCGAAUGCUGGCUCAUAUGAAGCGCUGCUCCAUGUCCCAGGACUGCGAGCAGCAGUGUCCACAGUGUCCCGAGAAGAUGGCCACCCUGCGAGCUCUGCAGCGCCACCGGGCGGAGGUCCACAGCAGCACCACACGGGUCAAGAAGAAGGUGGCCUGUGAUCUCUGUGGAAGAAACUUUGCCCACACAUCAGGUAUGAUCUACCACAAACGGACGGAGCACUUUGAAGAGAAGCCGUUUGCCUGUGAGGACUGUGGUGCCAAGUUUGGUGCCAAGUCGUCUCUGAAGAAUCACAUGCGUCUGCACACCGGAGAGAAACCUUACCACUGCACACACUGCGACAUCAGCUUCAGCGUGGCUGCUGCACUGGCUUAUCACACCAAGAAGAAACACUCUGAGGGGAAGAUGUAUGUGUGUCAGUACUGCAAGGCUGUCUUCGCUCAGUCCAUCGAGUUGACUCGCCAUGUCCGGACACACACUGGAGACCGGCCUUAUGUGUGUCGGGAAUGUGGGAAAGGCUACAGCCAGGCUAGUGGGCUCACCGUCCACCUGCACACCUUCCACAACCUGUCAGAUCCACACGACUGUCAGAAGUGUUGUCUCAGCUUCCACUCGCUGGAGGAGCAUCAGCAGCACAUCCAGGAAUUCCACCCAAAGGAGUUCCACAAGUGCUCCACAUGCAACAAGGUGUUCCCCAGCGCCGCCCUGCUGGACAAACAUCAGGUCACACACUCUGGAAGCAAACCCUUCAGCUGUGACCUGUGCAGCAAAUCCUACCAGCAACUGUCAGGCCUCUGGUACCACAACAGGACCAACCACGCAGAUGUGUUUGCCAGCCACGGCCGGCAGAUCAAGACUCUGGUCCAGUGUGACAUCUGCAUGAAGUUCUUCCCCAGCACGGAGACUUUAGCCAAACACCAAGCUGCUGAGCACCAAGACUCUGAGACGUCAGUGCUGCGCUGUCUCUACUGCAAAGCUGAUCUGGACGAGGAGAAGCUGCAGGAGCACAUCUGCAGUCAGAGCAUCAGCCAGAGCGGAAAAGCCUUCAGCUGCCCGCUCUGCUCCCUGAUCUGCAUCUCCCAGCUGGAGCUGCAGGAGCACCUGCUCUCCUGCCACAUGGAGGCUCAGCAGGAGGCUGGGGAGGAGGAGCAGGCCUCCACUUCCUACGCGGUGAUCUCAGCGGACUCAAUAAGAAGCAGAGAGGAGGGGGCGGAGCCAAACAUCCUACCUGAAGAGCAGAGGCUGCUGGGAGCUGGUCAGCAGGUGCUUGUAGCUCUUAGAGGUGGAGGAGAGCGUAGAUCUCUGGGGGACGUGGUGAACAUGUAUGACCUGCUGAACAACUCCGUCACCUUCGUGUGCCAGGACAAAGCUUCAGCUCCAGACUCAUAACGGGAAAUUUGUCCUAAGAGGCUCACCGUAUCCUCAUACUGAUAUUCAGGGAGGAAGAUCUAUAAGUUAUUUAUUGACACAGCCUUGUUUCUCUGGCCUGAGUUACAGCUGUUUGGGACAUGCAUGUAGCACCACCUGCUGACUGCACCACACUCUGUCUUUGCUGUAGGACAUUUAUCAGUUUUAUUCUGAGAUGAAAAUAAAUCUGAAGGAAGGAAUUUUCACUUUACAUUAAAUAACACCAUCAAAACCAGUUCAGUAGUUUAUAUGUUUUAUUUAUUCCAGAACAACCAAAUGUUGCUGACAGAUAAGUUCAGAGCUCCGUGUGAUUACCUGAUAAAUGCUGAUAAAGACUGAAACAGCAGAGACCUGAGUAACUGAUUUAGCACAGAACAUCCAGGAUUCCUUCCAGGAGUAAAACAGCUUCUGAAGGCAAACAUCUCAAAGGAAAUCUUCGCUUCAGGAUCAGAGGAGUCGGCACGGACAUCAGACGUGAACAAGUCAGACCAGCACACAGAAGCACUGACAACACCUGAUGUUUACAGACACAAGAGGAGUUUCAGGAGCAUCCAGGGACAGAAAACCAUCUUUCCCUGAGAUUCAUCUAUUGAUCUGCUGUGUGUUGUCACACAGGAACACAUCACUGCUGAGUGGGAUCCAGGAAGUUAUCAGAAACGGCAGGUUGGACACACUGUUGAAGGAUCAGUACAACAGGACAGAUUUGGACGUGGACAACAAUUCAAUCUGAAGAAAAGACUUAAAAGUUUCUUUAAAAUAUAAUAAAAAAUGCAAAUUGUUAGGCUGUUCUGAACCUCAUAUUCAGCUUAGUGUCCUCCUUGGCCCAAAUGUGCAUUUAUGUUUGGACCAAAUUUGGCCUUAACUUACGGCCAGAACCCAACCACAUGUGGCCUACCACAAAGUUCUGCGGACAGAUGAGUCAAAAACUGAAUUAUUUGACAUGUUUGGAGCAAACCAGAUCCAGCAUUUUAGGAACAGACAUCUUUCCUUUAAAAAAAACACAAAACAA